AUGCAUUUGUGCGCUCGUCCGAUGAACAUGUCCCGGCUGGCGUGCUGUCAACUCGUCUUGAUGCUCAAUGACACGUUGAGGAUACCACAAUGUGAUCCAACGUGGCUGCUGUUGGAUCAAGAAGAUAUCAGAAAUCGAUCAAAGCCUUCUUGGGUAUUGAUCGAAGAGGCUGAUCAUCCGACAACCGGUGAUGAGCCGCUCGUUUUUUGUCUUGGUGUCGCAUUGUUACUUCUUGUCGCUCUCGGAGCCACACUUACUCUCAAUCGGAUAACAAGACCAAAAGCAGGAGAUCUUGAACCAGGCUAUAAUAUAAUGAUGUGGAUGCCAACUGGCCCGAGUCAUCGAUCGAGUAGACGCUCUUCUUUAUUGGUUAUGUUGAGAUCGGUGUCUUCUUGUCGCUCUCGUGCCUCGUUUCACCCGUCAACGAAUCGAUCAACUCCUGGAAAUUCAUCGAAUCGACACAGCAAUGCGCUCAGCAUCGUCUCCAAUAUGAGG